GGUUGGCCAGCCACCAUCCCAACAAUUGAAUCAUAUCAAAAUCAAAUUAUUUGAAGGCUAAUUCCAAUUACAAGCAAAAUAACAAAAUAUCAAACAAAAACAAAUUCAUUUGAACUUCUCCAACAUUCGGAUUUAUUAAAUAUCAAAAUGGAGUCGUCAAAUAAAGCAAGCACUGUUGCCGAAUGCACCAAAAUUAUCGAGGAAUCGAAAAUUUGCGUACAACAAUCAAGCCCAUUCGAAAAACUGAUUAGAGGAGUUUGCAAUGAUUUAAAUAAGGAAGCAGAUAGAUGUAGAGGCCUAAUUUGGAGAAUUCAACAAAGAGAAAAUUACGAAAAAUCUAAGGCUAUGAAGCGAAAGUGGCAAGAAAAACUACAGCAACAAUCUAAAUAAUUUAUUUAUUAAGGGUAUUUUUAUUUUAAUAAUAAAUAUAUAGUUUGUCCUUCUGGAAUAUUGAUUUAUUUAUCUCCUCC